AUGGCUACAAAUGGUGUGAAUGGGUCGGCCACUAAUGGCGACGACUAUGAAGGAGAAUUCGGCCAUGGGAUUCAAGUUAUUGACGAGAACAAAGAGUUUACUUCGACCAUGCCGGAGUACCUCACUAGCACAAAUGUCCUACAGGCUGGGUUUUCUUAUCAUUUAAUUUCCGUCUUCGGUUCGCAGUCAACAGGAAAAUCGACACUUUUGAACCAUCUCUUCAAUACGGCAUUCCCGGUUAUGUCAGAGUCAAGACGGCAACAGACAACCAAGGGUAUUUGGAUGUCACUGGCAACGGAUCCAAAUGCUUCUUCGAAUCCCGACGAGCCUCACCUAGGGAAGAACAUCCUGGUUAUGGAUGUAGAGGGAACGGAUGGUAGAGAACGAGGUGAAGAUCAGGAUUUUGAGCGAAAGUCCGCUUUAUUCGCCAUUGCCACUUCCGAAGUCCUGAUCGUAAAUAUCUGGGAACAUCAAGUCGGUUUGUACCAGGGUGCAAAUAUGGGCCUGCUGAAAACUGUCUUCGAGGUCAACCUUCAACUCUUCCAAAAGGACAAGUCUACAGUCCACCGAUCUCUGUUGUUCUUUGUCAUCCGUGACCACAUCGGCCAUACUCCACUCGAAAAUCUCAAGAAUACGCUACUUGCUGACUUGAAUAAUAUCUGGCACGGUCUCUCCAAACCGCCCGGCCUUGAAACAUCGACAAUUAGCGAUUUCUUCGACUUCACUUUCGCUACCCUCCCACAUAAACUCCUCCAGCCAGACCAGUUCAAACUGGAGACUCAAAGGUUGAAGCUCCGUUUCCGUGAAGAAAGCCCAACGAAUGCCAACUACUCUGCGGAUGGCGUUUUGGAUACCUCCAAGACUGGUGUUUUCCUCCCCGCCUACCACCGCCGUAUCCCUGCUGAUGGUCUCCCACAUUAUGCUGGUAAUAUUUGGCGAAUGAUUACCGAAAACAAGGAUCUUGAUCUUCCGACACAACAAGAGCUCCUUGCCCAGUACCGCUGUGACGAGAUCUCAGUGGUUUGCGUUGAGCUGUUCGAUGAAGUGGUCACCCCAUUUGAAGCAGCGUUGAGCCAAAAGAUCGUGCAAUCAGACCUUGGGCCAGCCAUGAAGACUGCCUUAGAUACCUCACUCAUCAAGUUCAAAGAAGAAGCGGGGCGUUACCAUAAAGUUGUGUAUAAACGAAAACUCGAGGAUCUUGAGAAAAAGCUGCAGGCUAGGUUGAAGGUUCUCUACGUUGCCCAGCUUACUGCAGCGCACAAGAAUGCCAUCGCUGUGUUUGCCGAUACUAUUCAGAAGGGCAUCAAACGGUCCGGUGCGGACUUUGCGUCUCUUGUCACUGAGACUCGGGCCACUGUUCUUGCGGACUUUACCACUGAGGCCGAAUCCUGUAGCUUGGAGGGCGCUUUCAGUUAUACUGACGAACUUCACGCAGUUGAGAAGGAGCUCGACGAAGGCGCCACCCGUUUGCGUGGUGAAGAAAUGACUCGAUUGUUAGCCCGUAUGGAGAAGAGUUUGAGGACCAAGUUCACUUCUGAGGAUGACGGCGUCGCAUAUAUGUUCAAAACCAUCUCGCCAUCUUUGUACCCACGCAUCUGGAACCUUUUUACUACCGGAGUUACCGACCAGAUCUCGCUCUUCACCCAAAGAUCGACAGCGUUGAAUGCUACUUCCGAAGAGAACGAACAGGCCGUUUAUAAAUUGAAGAAGCGUGCCUGGAAGGUGCUAAGGAUGAUUUUGGACGAAGAGACGAAGGAGCAAAGUUUGAUUACUCGCUUGAUGGGCUAUUUCGACAAGGAUUUCCGAUACGAUGAUCAGGGUGUCCCAAGAGUCUGGAAGGCCGGCGAAGACAUCGAGGGCACAUUCGCAAAGAGCAAGGAGACCGUGAUGAAGUUGAUACCCAACCUAGCAACCUUCCAACUCGAAGACUCAACCAAGCCACCUUUGGCAACUUUCAUUGGGGACGCUCCAGAAGGCGUUGAGGAGGAAGUUGGCGUUGCUGCUGAAGAAGACGAAGAAGAAGAUGUUGCUUCUCCAACGUCAACGAAGACUUUCACAAUCCUGACACCUGGCAGAAUAACAUCAUUGACCGAGAGCUUCAACCGUCAGGCUGACCAGGCUUUCGUGGACGCCAAGAGAGGAACCAUCUCCAGCGUUUCUCAGAUCCCUGUGUGGUUCUAUGGCUUGUUGGUCAUUCUGGGGUGGAAUGAAUUCUGGGCGGUCAUCCGAAACCCAUUAUACUUCAUGAUGCUUUUGCUUGCUGCGGUUGGCGCAUAUGCAGCCCAUACACUGAAUCUAUGGGGCCCUAUUUUGACUGUCGGGGGUGCUACAGGACGGCAAGCGUUAGAGGUCGGAAAGGAAAAACUCCGCGAAUUCCUAGAGAUGCCUCAACCAGGCCACCAAGGUGCCCACGCUUUCUCCAGCGGCAACUCGACAUCAUCGACUCAGGGUGAGAGCAUCCGUAUGAGAAACUUAACCAGCGAGGGUAAAAACAACGGAUUUGACGAUGAUGACUAG